AUGAACACUUCACCACUCAGGACAUUGCUCGCUCGUCGUGUGUGCAGAUGCAGCGCAUCACACCUACAAUACAAACCCACUUCCAUUGCUCGGUAUAUCUCGCAAACGACACGAUCCAAUGCUUCCCACACAUCCCCGAUCCCGACUUACGGGUCAGCCGAGUUCCUUAAACGUCGCUAUCAAAAGACAGAGGCAGUGGUCGAGCCGACCAAAGCCGCGCGAGCACAAACACUGAAGCGUAUCCGAUGGUCUGCUUAUGGCAUUGCCCUCUGCACCCUGGCUAUCUUCGGCACAAUUUCGCUCUACCCGGCUCCGGGAAAGAAUAAAGAGAAAGACUCGAACUCGGAUAGAACAAAAGUGGCACAACUGGAUGCUCCGCCUUCGAUAGCAGGCACCGUCACCGGCGGUGCCACCACCACGGACAAUGAAGUCGAACAAGUUCCCACCGGCACUUCUACGAUCCCUUACUUCCCCAAGAUCAUUCACCUGACCACGGACGCCCCCGGCGCGACUCCUGCAGCGGCAAACGAAGGGACCCAGAAAGACGAGGAAUACCAACUCGUUGGCCUUGGUGUGCGGACAGUCUCACUCCUCAGCAUUCAAGUCUACGUGGUGGGCCUGUACAUUGCUGUCAGCGACAUUGCAGGCCUGCAAGACCGCCUCGUGCACUCGGUCGCCGACCCCGUUGCGACGACUCUGGUUCCGAACGAGAAAGCGACUCUCCGCGACCUUCUCCUCGAUCCGGACCGCGGCGAAGAAAUCUGGAACAACAUCCUCAAAGACGGCCAUUUGAGGAUGGCGUUCCGCAUCGUGCCUACGCGCAACACGGAUUUCAUGCAUUUGCGUGAUGGAUUUGUUCGAGGCAUUACGGCUCGGAGCGCUCACUUUGCCAGCGACCGCAACGACCCGUCGUUCCAGGACGAGUCGUUCGGGUCGGCGCUGAAUGACUUCAAACAGGCCUUUGGCGGCGGAGCCAGGCGCAAGCUUCCCAAGGGCGAAACUCUGCUUUUGUCUCGCGACGCCGCCGGCAAGAUGACCGUGUGGACGGAAGACAAAAAGGGCGAUCAGCUGAAGAUGGGCGAGGUUGCCGAUGAGAGAGUGGGUAGGUUGUUGUGGUUGAAUUACCUUGCAGGCAAGACGGUCAGCAGUGAGCCCGCCAGGCAGAGCGUCAUCAAUGGCGUGAUGGAAUUUGUCGAACGUCCUGUUGGGACAGUGGCCACGCAGGUGGUUUGA